AUGGUUUUCGUUCAAAUGUUCUUCUGUUGGUUGAUUCAAGAUGAGCCCUUUCUUUUGGUGUUUCUAAUGGCGUAUAUCUCGGGUGGAAUCAUUAAUCACGCGUUAACGCUCGCCAUUCACGAUAUCUCACAUAAUACAGCGUUUGGACAAGAUCGACCAUUGGCGAAUCGCUUCUUCGGGAUGUUCGCAAAUUUGCCAAUCGGUGUCCCGAUCUCGAUCUCCUUCAAGAAAUAUCAUAUUGAGCAUCACCGAUAUUUGGCUGAAGAGGGUUUGGACACGGAUGUGCCCACGGAAUUGGAGGGGAUUUUCUUUAAGACUCCGCUUCGAAAGCUUCUCUGGCUCUUUUUACAGCCACUUUUUUACGGUUUCCGACCGCUCAUCAUCUACAAGAAAGCGCCAACCGAUUUGGAGAUCAUCAACUUUAUUCUACAAAUUGGAUUUGACAUCUUCAUUUUGCAAUUUUUCGGAUGGAAAGCCUUGUUUUAUUUGGUCGGCGGAACGAUUUUGGCAAUGGGCCUUCACCCAAGUGCUUUCCAUUUCAUCUCCGAGCACUACUCCUUCUCGGAUAAACAAGAAACGUAUAGUUACUAUGGCUGGUUCAACUAUGUGACGUUCAACGUUGGCUAUCACAUGGAACAUCACGAUUUCCCCUACAUUCCUGGAAGAGAUCUACCAAAGUUACGUGCCAUGGCUCCCGAAUUCUAUGAUACCCUCGAGACACACGAUUCAUGGUGGAAUGUCUUGCAUGGAUUUGUGAUGAAUCCGGCUAUUGGCCCUUAUGCGAGAAUCAAGCGAAAACCACGUGUCGAUCAACAAUUCUGGAGCGAUAACGUGCUCACCGAAUACGUUGAUGCUCUGCUGCACUACAUCGGCUAUUUCGCGAUCCGUGAUGCGCUCUCCUCAACUCUUUCCGCGAAUUUCUACAACGAAAAGCAGAAAAAGGGUCGCAUCACGAAGAAAAUCUUU